AUGGCUGCUAUGGAUGAGGAAUUAAAUGAUGAGAAUUUGAAUGACAGACUGAAUGAUCAUAACUUAAAUAAUCAGAGCUUAAAUAAUGCACUGAAUAAUAAAAAGGGGAAUAUUGCAAGAUUACAUGCUUUAGUGCUUUUCACACUGGAUACUGUGAUAACUAUUUUCUGUCUACUGUUCCUUAUUUGGUUUUUUCUUGGAACCAUCAUUACGAUCAAUCAAUACAAUUCUGAUCAUCAAGACACAGGUUGUAUUACAUGUGAUUGUAAGGAUAAUAGAUCUAAUGAUUCUGAUUGUCAAGAGACAACCAUAGUGAAAACAAGUUGUAUUGCACGUGAUUGUAAGGAACUAUAUGAUCAGGGACAUACCUGCAGUGGAGUAUACACUAUCAAACCUGAUAAACUACCUGCUUUUGAGGUUUAUUGUGAUAUGAGUAGUGGUGGUGGUUGGACUGUAUUUCAAAGGAGAAUGGAUGGCUCAGUUAACUUUUAUCUCAAGUGGGCCGACUACCGAAAAGGAUUUGGAGACCUCAAUGGAGAGUUCUGGCUGGGACUUGAUAAAAUACACCGACUCACAGCAACAGACAAUACUAGCCUACGUGUUGACUUGGAAGAUUUUGAAGGUGUCAGUGUGUUUGCUCAUUAUUCUACAUUUAUAGUUGGAGAUGCACAUACAAAAUACACACUAACAGUAGGAGGAUACAGUGGGAAUGCUGGAGACAGCUUAUCUGGUCAUGAUAAGAUGAAAUUUUCAACUCAUGAUUAUGACAAUGAUAUCGCUGAUAUUAACUGUGCUAUUGCAUACAAAGGAGCAUGGUGGUAUACUGAAGGUCAUGUUUCAAAUCUUAAUGCUCGGUAUUUGAUUGGUGCACAUACCACUUUUGCUGAUGGAGUGAACUGGGGUAGUUUUAAAGGCCAUCGUUAUUCUUUAAAGGUGUCUGAAAUGAAAAUUAGUAGAAAAUGA